CGAAAUGCAAUGCUAAUAGUAAUUUCCCAUUCUCUCAUUUUCUGACCUUUCCUCAUCGUUUCAAAGGCGCGCGUAUUUCUUGUCAUUUUCUUAUUUUUCGCUUGUAAAGGAUUCAAAUCAGAGGAAUUCGGUUUUCUUCCUCCUUUUCAUUUUCAAUUCAAAGACUCUUCUCUCCAAGUCUUAGUUUUUUCUUCUGAUUCUCUGAAGAUCUUAUACAUAAUCUUGAUCCCAGUAAGCGAAAAUGGAUAAUGGGGAUCUUGAUGGCAGUGGAGAAGAUGAGUUUCAUGGGCAGAGAGGUCGCAAGUACCGGCCCGUGUUGGACAACGAUCGUGCCGUACUUGAGAUGUCUUCCAUGGAUCCUGGAUCGUCGUCUUCUUCAUAUCCCAAUAAACCUGCUUCUCUUAAAAAAAUUAAUGUAAAUGCGAGUGCAAAUGUGGGUUCUGAUGCCAAAGAAGGGAACUCUCCUCGUCAUACACAGGCUAAUGGGAUUCAAGGGGAAUCCAAAUUGGAAUUGUUUGGUUUUGAUUCUCUUGUCAACAUUCUUGGGCUCAAAAGUAUGACUGGAGAGCAGCUUCAACAGCCAUCUAGUCCUAGAGAUGGUGAGAAUAUUUCCAUCACAGUUGGGCAGCCAAGGCCUGCUGGCCCCCAACUGGGAACAAUGAUGGGUGUAUUCAUUCCGUGCUUACAGAGCAUAUUGGGAAUUAUCUAUUACAUUCGGUUCUCUUGGAUUGUUGGUAUGGCUGGCAUAGGAGAGGCAUUAUUGCUUGUUUCUUUAUGUGGCUCUUGUACUUUUCUCACCUCAAUAUCACUGAGUGCUAUUGCAACCAAUGGUGCCAUGAAGGGUGGGGGACCAUACUAUCUCAUUGGCCGUGCCCUCGGUCCAGAAGUUGGAGUUAGCAUUGGUCUUUGUUUCUUUCUAGGGAAUGCAGUUGCUGGAGCCCUUUAUGUGUUGGGAGCCGUAGAAACAUUUUUGAAAGCAGUGCCUAAAGCUGGGAUUUUUGGAGAGACUAUCACACAAGUUAAUGGUACUGCCGUUGCAGAACCAAUACACGUUAUAAGUUCUCAUGAUAUGCAAAUUUAUGGAAUCGUUGUGACUAUUAUAUUAUGCUUUAUUGUAUUUGGAGGUGUAAAGAUGAUUAAUCGGGUUGCACCUGCUUUUCUUAUACCUGUUUUGUUCUCUCUGUCCUGCAUAUUUAUGGGGAUUUUCUUGGCAAGGAAGGAUAAGCCUGCAGAGGGAAUCACGGGAUUGAGUUUGGAGACAUUUAAAGAAAAUUGGAAUUCAGAUUAUCAAAAGACUGAUGCCAAUGGAAUUCCAGAUCCCAAUGGAUCUGUAAGCUGGGAUUUCAAUUCGUUGGUUGGACUCUUUUUCCCAGCUGUGACAGGAAUAAUGGCAGGUUCAAAUCGAUCAUCGUCUCUGAAAGAUACUCAGCGAUCAAUACCUGUUGGAACCUUAGCUGCUACUCUUUCGACUUCUUCUAUGUAUCUGAUUACUGUUUUCUUGUUUGGUUCUGUUGCUACCCGAAACAAGCUAUUAACAGAUAGGCUACUUACAGCUACUAUUGCCUGGCCUUUUCCAUCAUUAAUUAAAAUUGGGAUUAUUCUUUCAACUCUGGGUGCUGCCCUUCAGAGCUUGACAGGGGCCCCACGUUUGCUUGCAGCAAUAGCGAAUGAUGAUAUUUUACCUGUUCUUAACUACUUCAAAGUUGUGGAUGGCAGUGAGCCUCACCUUGCUACACUUUUCACUGCUCUCCUCUGUAUUGGGUGUGUCAUUAUUGGGAAUCUGGAUCUUAUCACCCCAACAAUAACUAUGUUCUUCCUUCUCUGUUAUGCGGGUGUCAACUUGUCCUGCUUCCUUCUGGAUCUUCUAGAUGCUCCUAGCUGGCGCCCUCGGUGGGCUUUUCACCACUGGAGCUUGUCACUUUUUGGUGCUUUACUUUGUGUAGUGAUCAUGUUCCUGAUCUCUUGGUCAUUCACGGUGGUGUCUUUAGCUCUUGCAAGCCUUAUAUACAAGUAUGUCAGUAUCAAAGGGAAGGCUGGGGACUGGGGAGAUGGUUUUAAAAGUGCAUAUUUCCAACUAGCACUUCGCAGCCUUAGGUCACUUGGAGCAAGCCAAGUUCACCCAAAAAAUUGGUAUCCGAUCCCUUUAAUAUUCUGCCGGCCUUGGGGCAAACUGCCAGAAAAUGUACCUUGCCAUCCCAAACUAGCAGACUUCGCUAACUGCAUGAAGAAAAAAGGUAGAGGAAUGUCUUUAUUUGUCUCUAUACUAGAUGGUGACUACCAUGAAUGUGCUGAAGAUGCCAAGGUUGCUUGUAGACAAUUAAGCACCUACAUUGAUUACAAGAAUUGUGAAGGUGUUGCCGAGAUAGUUGUAGCCCCCAAUAUGUCAGAAGGCUUUCGUGGUAUUAUACAGACUAUGGGCCUCGGCAAUCUUAAGCCGAACAUUGUCGUGAUGCGUUAUCCAGAGAUAUGGCGGCGUGAGAACUUGACGGAGAUCCCGGCCACCUUUGUUGGGAUAAUCAACGAUUGCAUUGUAGCAAACAAAGCAGUAGUCAUAGUGAAGGGUCUUGAUGAGUGGCCUAAUGAGUACCAGAAGCAGUAUGGCACAAUUGAUUUGUAUUGGAUUGUGAGAGACGGAGGAUUAAUGCUUCUUCUCUCCCAGCUUCUUCUUACGAAGAAGAGCUUUGAGAAUUGCAAGAUUCAAGUUUUUUGCAUUGCAGAGGAGGAUGCAGAUGCAGAGGUGCUGAAGGCUGAUGUGAAGAAGUUUCUGUAUGAUCUUAGGAUGCAAGCAGAGGUCUUUGUCAUCACAAUGAAAUGGGAUGCACAAAUGGAUGGUGGUGAGUCUCAGCAAGACGAAUCAUACGAAGCAUUUACCAGCGCGCAGCAAAGAAUCAGCGAUUACUUAGCUGAAAUGAGGGCGAUGAAGCGAGAUGACGCCCCUCUAAUGGCUGAUGGUAAGCCUGUGGUUGUGAAUGAGAAGCAGGUGGAGAAGUUUCUGUACACAACAAUGAAACUGAAUUCUGUGAUGUUGAAGUACUCAAGAAUGGCAGCUGUUGUGCUGGUAAGUCUGCCUCCACCUCCAUUGAACCACCCUAGUUUUUUCUAUAUGGAGUAUAUGGAUCUGUUGCUGGAGAAGGUUCCGAGGAUUUUGAUUGUAAGAGGAUACAGAAGAGAUGUUGUGACUCUAUUCACAUAGGUUAUUGGUUUUUUUUUUUUUUUUGGUGAUUUUCACAUAGAAUUUUAUUUUAGGACAGGACAUUGUAGCUUCUCAUUCAUAGAUUUUCCAUCCUACUUUUGUUUUGUAGUUCAUUCUUUAUACCACUGUUCCUGCUGAAUUGGAUUUAUUGGUUCCUAUUAUAUAUAUUCUAUAGGAGUUUUGAA